UCCUUUUCUCCUCAGCCGCAGCCCAUCUCUAUCAUGCAGCACUGAGCCGCGUCGCAGUGCCUCACCAACAGCUCCGACACCCCUUUCCCACUUCUCCUCCGCCGCGUCUCGCGCUCUCGCGAGAUGACUCUCUCUCCUCCUCUCGGCGCCGCGUCGCCCGCCGCGACGUCGACCGCGCUCUCGUUGGGCGAGCUGCUUCCCGCUCUGCCGCCGCCGGUCGGGCGAGAGGCAGAGAGCGGCACCCCCAGCGCCGAGCAUCUCGCAGCUGCGAGCCAUGUGCGCUCGGCGCUGCGCGUGCCGAGGGACCGCGCUCUACUCUUGCGCACGGAAGAGGAGUGGAGACGGGCUAGUGCUGCGCCGAGUUGGUCGCACCCGCCAAGCCCUGCACAUGAGCGAGCCCUGCUCACGUCGCUUGCGACGCUCAUGCGUCUGAGGGCUUCCGAGAGCAACGGAGAUUCCACACUGCUCAUCUCGCGGACGACGGCUGCACUGAACCCGACGCCCGUCAUCGAGAUGUUCGCGCCGCCGUCGCCGCCUGCUAUGCGGCUUCUGCCGCGCCCAGGAGCCAGCAGCGAUGCGCCGGCUGCACCAGGCCCAUCGACCGCUAUCAGUGCAGGCGCACCACUGCAGAUCAUGCGUCGUGCACCUGCUUCCUCCUCGUCGCGUACGUCAAGUACCGCGUCUCGUCCCGCGCCGCCAAGCAUUAGCGAGCGCGAAGCCGCAUACCGAGCAGCGCGCGAGCGCAUCUUUGGCGCGCCGAGCGCCGAGGAUGCCGAGACUGCCGCAGCGAGUGGCAGCAGCAGCGUGCGCAAGGAAGCUCGCGCCGCUCGCGCAUCGCCGCAACCAUCUACGCAGAGUCAAGGCGAGCUGUCACACGAAGCGAGCGCAUGGACUGGCUACCCGCUGGCUGCGACUGGCGAUGUGCGCGCCUCGGGCGACACCGAUGCUUUCUCGCCCUUUGCGCCAUCAGCGCCGACAUCGCGUAGCGCUAGUGCCGAGAGCUCUGGGCUGGCUCCGAGCGCUGGCGCGGCAGCUGAGGCGUAUCCAGACGCGCGGAUACAGCACUACGACCCUUCGUUCGGGGACACUCGACAGUCGUACGGCGCUGCGCACCCAGGCUACGGGCCUGCUGGCACGUACUGGCCGCCGCCAGGCGCCACUGCUCCCCACGCAGGAGCGCAAGGCGCACCGCAGAACGGAAGCCAGUGGAGCUCCGAGCGACAUGCGCCGUGGGGCGUCCCGCCGCCUCAUAUGCAGCCAGGUGGCUGGAGCGGCGGCGCAGGGCCGUCGCGACCACCGCCAACAUCGAUGGGCGUGGCGUAUGGCGACGCGCAGCAGCCGACGCCUGCUUCGCGUCUCGACCUGCCGGGCGCGCUCGGCAGACGGCAGCAGGCUGGCGCUGGCCGGCUGUACGACCCGAAUUCGAGCGGCGGCGACUCGCAAAGCCGCACAGGUCUGUCUGGCAGACUGACCGCUGCGAGCUCGGCCAACACUUCCGGCAAUGCAUCGCCAGCUCUGCGCCCGGCACACGUCUCCGGACCAGUGAUGCGCACGCUGCCGCCGACGUUCGUCAUGCCCUCAACGCCAGCGAGCGCGGGCAGCAGCAGCAGCAACACCAGUCCCGGCGCCGCGAGUCCGUCGAGCAGUCAGGGUCGCCGCUCGAAGGUGCUGCCGCAUCCCUCGCUUCCAGCUCGGCCCGACUGGGUCACGGUCACGCCGCCGACGGCUAGUGCGGCGCCCAGCAUCUCGACGCCGGGCUCGUCGAGCAGCGGCAGCAGCAGCACAGGGCCGACUAGCAGAGAUGGCGCGUCGGCUGCGAGCGGCGCAUCAGUAGCCAGCGGCGCGAGAUCAGGGCGCUCGACGCCGUCUGGCGUCAGCAGCCUACCUCGGCCGCCGCACAUGCCACAUCCGCCGCAUCACUCCAGCUCGGGCUCGACAUCAUCGAGCACGGCAGCCGCAGCCGCAGCGCAUCUGCCGCCGAAUCCGACGCUGACGUGGGAUGCGCCCGUGGCGCCUUCGCCCGCGCCUCACGUUCGUCGUCCGACAGGCGAGCGCAGCUCGCCGUCGUCGCUGCCUCGCCCGCCAGCGAGCGCUUCGCUACCGCCGACGCCGCGAACUGUCUCAUCGAACGGCCCGCCGUCGCGCUCGAGCGCCGACUUUCCGCCGCUCGGAGGCGCCUCGUGAGCGUCGUCGACACGACGUUCUCAACUUCUCGUCCUCGCCGUGCGGCGCGACAGCAUCGCGUGCGCAAGCAAUGGCAUUAUUCCUCCUCCUCCUCCUCCUCGAACGUGCUGAGCGCUUCGAGCGCUAAGCUGCGGAUCCUGUCGCAGCCCGCACUUU